AUGACUGACGCGAUAACUCAAGAGGAGAAAGAUUUGGCGGACAGCUUACAAGCAGUUUGCACACCUUAUGGAGAUGAGAGAAUUACCAAACUAAAGGAAUGUUCGGACAUUUUAUAUAAAAUGGGUAAAUUAUAUAUGGAUAAAACGGAAACAUCAACAGGUAUGACACAAAAGAUGGAUUUUAUUAAAAGUGCUACAUUGCUACAUGGGGCAAGAGUAAGGUAUGAAAUAAUUUCAGACACAGAAGGUAUUGAAAAUCUACAACCGGUUUUGAAAUUAUUGGAUGCCAGAUUAUUAGCAGCAUCCAACGCCGCAAAUCAAGAUAUCAGUGUUGAUAAUCUUUCUAAAAAUAUCUACAGAGGAUUCAAACUAUUUCGUGGCUUAGAGAGAAAUUCCAUUGAAACUUUAGAAUUGAUUGAGGAAGAUUUGACUGAAUCUGAAAUUCACCGUAAACAGAAGGAGAGAAUUCAAUCCAUUCACAAACUUAUGAAAAAUACUACGAGUCAUUUUAAACAUUUAAUGCAGUACAUUGCCAGAAAUUGCAUAGAUAUUCUUGGGGAUCCACCGUGUGCUUUCGCAAUCGUUGGGCUAGGAUCUUUAACCCGCGAAGAAAUAACACUUUAUUCUGAUUUUGAACAUGUCAUUGUGCUGGAGGAAGGAGUACAGCAAUCUACAGAAUAUGAAAGAGUGCAGGAAUAUUUCCGAUGGUUCGCAGUGAUUUUUCAAGUCGUAAUGACAGGCUUGGGUGAAACAAUCAUUCGUAGUGUCGGUGUCAAAUCUAUCAAUGACUUAUAUUCGGAAGAUAAAUCGAAAAAUUGGUAUUAUGAUAUGUUCACAACAAGCGGAGUAUGUUUUGAUGGAAUGGUUCCUCAUUCUUGUAAUACGCCACUUGGGCGACAAGAACCAACAAAAAAGAGACAACAUAAAGUUGAACUCAUUCAACCAGCAAGUAAGAUGGCUUCCUAUUUGACGACAGAAGAGCAUAUCAAGAAUGGCUACUAUCUGAAAGAUAUUUUAACCAGAACAUGCUUUGUAUAUGGAGAUAAAAAGGUUUACAACAAUUUCAGAUAUCUUGUCGGCAAUGUUAUCGGAGAAGAAAUGGAUAGAAAAAGAUAUAAAGAGGUAUUCGAUGAAAUAGAAAAGAACGUUAACGUGGGCGUAACCGGAACAACUUGGGUUCUCCACGAAUCCGUGAAAUUUGACGUAAAAACGUCUUUUUAUCGACCACUCACAGCACUGAUUGCAUACGCUGCGCGCAUUUAUAAAAUUUCUUCUAAUUCUAGCUUUGAUAUCUUGUCAAAAUUAGAUUUUAUGUUUGAGGGAGAUUUCCACGAGACUCAAUAUGCACUUGCUACUGCCUGCGAACUUAGACUCAAGGUUUACGCAGAAGGGGGUUGUCGUAGAUACAAAGUUACGCCAAACGACUUAUACAAAUUUAUAAGCAAGAAAUGUGCGGUAAACUGUCUGCAACAUACGCACAAGUUUGCUGAAGUUAUGCGGGCUUACAUUAUGAAACACUUGGGCAUUAAAUCAAAUCGUACAAUCGAACCGGGUCCCGGUAUAUCAAGUGGAAUCACCCCAGCCUUGAUGUUUUUGAGUGAAUAUGACGAUGCGCUUAUAUCUCUAGAAAAAGAACUGACUGAUAUGUCCAAUUUUAAAACCGAAAAACUAGAAAUAUGGCGCAUUCAUUCUGUUCUCAUGGAGAACAGCAGACUCGGGAUAUCGCCUUCAGAAGAAUGGUUAGAAACAACUGAAAAGAGACUGUUAGAUAUCAUCGAACAUUCUGAAGAUAAUCUUAAAAUUACAAAUGCUUGUGGUUUGCUGUCUAAUAUAUAUGAAGACCAAGACAGACGAAGCGAAUUGAUAAAAAUUCAUAAAAUUUGGUUCGAAAGAAGCAUGGCUGACAAAGAAAUUGCAAGCUGGUACUUCGAUUUUGGUGGAAGCAUGCUGAUGAUUCGUACCGAUGAGGCUGUAUCCAUGGAGCAAGUCAUGGCGCCGGAAGAAAUGCUUGAAUUGUGUAAGGAGGAAUUAUUAAAAUACGAUGAUAUAUAUUCGAAUUUAGCAUUUCGACUUGGGGUGGCAAUAGCUCAGUUAAAUAUGGAUAUGCUGGAAUGUGGAGCGCAAGGUUUACGUGAUGUUUUAAACGACUCAAUCGAGCGAGGGUGUAAGAAAAUUGGGAAACCCAUGUUGAUAGAAUUUUCUGAAACUAUAUUGUGCACACAAGUUGGCCAAGACUUAUUUGAAGACGGAUAUUACACAUUAAAAGCCACAGAUAUAAUUCAGGAAUCGCAAAUGGGAAUUGUUGGGAAAAUAACAGCAAAAGAUGGAAUGGACCUAAUGAAGAUGAUUUGUCUUUUAAAAGUAGCUGAUAAAGAAACUGAUGCAUCCACUAGGUCAGAUCUUAUUAACAGAGCACUUGAAAUAUGUAGAAAUCCACAAGAUGAUAAAUUGAACAACUUUCGUUACAAUAGUGCAAUUUAUUUGCUGUUAAAAAUCGACAUUCGUCGCAUGGAAGAAUUCGAUGUUGACUUAUUUAUUCAGGUUUUUUCUGAAUCUCCGAAUGAAGUGCAAAAUGAUGGUCGUUUAAAAUUUGUCAUUAUGACGACUUUCUCUUCACUUUUGCGUCGUUAUCUUGAUAAAAUGAUUGCAGGCGAGAUACUGAAGUACUCAAGCAGAUUGUGGAAAAUUGUAAAUAUUUUUCGUCACCAUUUUACCCAUGCACAUAUUCUAGGUUUGCUGCGUGACCUUACGGAAUCUUACGUCAUUCGAAAAUCCCUCUCAAAACUUAUGAUACAGACAAAUAAACAAAACCUUUGGGAAUCAAUGAAAGUGGAAUCUAAUUCUUUCAUUUCUAUGCCGGCUUUAAGUUCUGAAAUGGAAACAUUUGAUUUCUCUAAAAGCGUCAACUACUUUUGGAAAUUGUUACAUGCGGAUCUCCGGAAUGGUGAUGUUAAGAAUUACAACGUGCGCUAUUUGAUUGACCUACUCUACGGCAACAUUUGCGUAAGGGUAAACAAUUGCCUACGUACAUUCGUUUCAAAAGCAAUUCAAAGUCAUUCCGGGAACGUUCUCAGCAAUGUUUCAUCCACCUUCAGCACUGGCAUUCAUGCUUUUUACAAGUCCAGAUACACAAGUGCUGCAAAAUCAUUCUGGAAAGUUAUUAACUCUCAAAAUACGACCAGAAUGCUAAAACUCAGGUCUAUGGUAAUGUUAAACCACACAGUGAUUUUUAAAAUGGAUAAUGGUUAUACAGUGCCAAACUUUUGGGAGGGUUAUAUUGCCCUGGACAAUAAAAUGGAAAUGGAAGAUCCAACUUCAGCGAUACCUUCAUUUUCACUUACGUAGAAUAGAAUAUCGCCAGAUAAAUCAUAUAUACUGUAUAUACUAUUAUGAAAAUUGAUAUA